ACCUUUUAUUACGGAAUUUCCUCUCUUAUUUUGACCCGACGAGUGACAAGUCUAGCAACGUGAUUUAGUGGUAACCAAUGUGAGGUGAGUGUGACAUUGCUCUUUGUUACACUGAAGAAGUUUUGUUGUGGCUGUAUUGUAUUGUUUAGUGUGUCAGUUGAGUUCAUUGUUAUCAUCUACAUAGUUGACGGAUGCACCAUAAUCGAUUUUGUUUGAAGCCACGCUCUUACAAAUGAGGACUUUAAGUUAUACAAACUUAUGAAAUAACUAUAAAAAUGAACUCUAAAAAGACAAUAUUGUGUUUGUUGUGCUCGUUGGUGGUGCUCGGUUUCGUGGCCAGUAAAGAUAAUGACACGAGUAGAAUUGUACAAGUGGACCGGUACCGGUACGACUUUUUAGGACUAGAGGAUAUUUUGUGGGAUGAAAUUUUAGGCUAUGUAGACGAGAAUCUGGAAACCGGUGUAACCGAAGGCGGAGCAGCAGUUACUUUAAUUAGGAAGUACGAAAAGUUUGCAGAUAAACUUCAGGAGGCAUUUCCACACGACCUGACGUACGGCUUGGACAGCCUUGACAGUGUUUGGGCUAUGCAGUUAGCCCUUUCCGAUCUCAGAGGAAUAUACGGUCUAUAUGAGACCUUCCGAAGAUUCCAGAAGCAGCAAACGGCACCAGGGAGAAUUCCAUCACCCAAACAAGCGUGGGUAGAUCUAGCAGAGGCUGUUCUAUACGAUAAGAACAACGUUGAUGAACUGAUGGAUAAGCUUCAAGACACCAUUGUUAAAAAAGAUCUGUUUCCAAAUGCUAAAAAGGAAGUGGAAGGAGAUAUGUUAUGCAAUUCUAGGCAGUCACCGCAGCAGGUUAUCUAUAACCUGUAUAACGCUAUAGCUCUUACAGAGCUUAAAGGAUACUCCAUGAUCCAGUUCUCCUAUAUGCUUUUGAGGUUGUAUAAUAAAGGUAAUUUCACAACAGAGGCUCAAGUAAUGCGUGAUAGAUUUGAAGAAAGGACCAAUAAUGCUAUCGAAAUCGUAAAGAAGGUCAUGGCUCAAUCAUCUCGCGAUUUCUGGAAUUGUGAUCCUAAGAAUCAUGUUAAAGGAGUAACAUAUGAAGAAACUACCCAAUUACUACAAGGCUAUGUACAAAAUGAAGUAGACUUAAAUCCAGACGGAACGUGCAGAGAAAACUGCGCCGAAUAUACUUACACAAAAAGCCACGGAUGCUUCCAAAACUUGUACUGCAGACAACAGAGACGAUGUAAUGGCAAAAUAAUCGACUGUAGAUACUUCGAUUCUGAUAUGUGGAUUUGUCCUGCGGAUCCUUUGAGUGGUAGACGCUAUGAAUAUAUCGAAUACGAGAAUGGAAAAGUCUUGGGAAGAAAACAAGGAUGCAGUAGAGGCACUACGAAAGUUGACAGCUGGUGGAGAUGGCUGUUCUGGCAUUGUUCUUACUGCUUCUGCCUCUGUGACGAACAAGGAAGCGCCUCCGACAGAUACGUUAAUAUGAGACCAGCAAUUGCAAAUAUUUCUGACAAUAUGGUGGUGGUCGGCUUAAGAUUUAUAAAGAAAAAUCGUAUCCUCCACGUACAAAUACAGGAAGGUAAACUUCUACCAAGAGGUAACAUUGAUGCCGCUACCGUACGAUGGGUACCAGUUGAAGAUUAUAAAAUAACCGACAGGAAAAUCUAUAGUGGACAAGACUAUCAUACUUUCAGUUGGGAAAAGAGAGCAGUUGAUCUGGAUGAUUUAGAAGCUGACGAUGGAUAUGUAUUUACAGGUGUACGAUUUAAAGAAAUUGGUUCUCACCUUAAUUUCGAAAUAUACUGCACAAAGUUCGAUUUCGACACGGGAAAACUGAUCAACCCUACGAGCACAAGCAUCUGGAAAGAUAACGCAAAUACUGAUUCGGCCACCAAAAACCCCAGGAAAAGGGGAUAUCAGAAGCGGAAGAAAAAAGUGUGGCUGGUGUCACCCGACAUCCCAACAAGAACAACAUCGCCAUCGAUCCCUACGUCCACGCCAGACAGUUACAUCGAACUUACCCAUUCAGACAUAGACAAAGACGCUGCGCAGACCACGGUACCGUUUUGGGAUGCUCAGAGAGUCGAGUCCCUACAACCAGUACCUCUCAGUGGCGCCGGUAUUUUCCACAAGGGAAGGAGAUUCUUCGGUGGGUUUAUUACCCUCAAAACCAUAUCAUAUAACUUUAGUAAACAUCUGCGCGCGGCAUUUCCCGAAGAGGAAAAAGAUAACGUUUUUUAA